AUGCACAACAACACCAUAGACAGAAAAUUCAUCCUUGCCUUACAAGAGCGCUGGAGGCCUGAAACCCACACGUUUCAUCUUCCAAUAGGUGAGUGUACGGUUACUUUAGAGGAUGUUUAUAUGUUGCUUGGUCUGUCCAUUGAUGGCAAAGCUGUUAAUGGAUCUGUUCAACAUGCUAAUUCACUGUGUGAAAGAGUGUUGGGAAGAGAUCUAGUUGUGCCUACUCAAGGUUCAAGAGGCCAGGGUAUCAGUCUGGCCUCCCUUAGAGCUUAUUAUGAUGACCUCGUCUUGAGCGACAACUCUACCGAGGAAACGCGGUUGCCGAGAAGUGCACCUUCUAUGGACGUGCGUUCCUCCUACAAGUAUGGGGUUGGUGGAGACUGCCUACGCAGGAACAACUACACGUUCCCUUAUGCAACAAGGUUUUGUGGUCCUAAAUUGGAUUACAGUAAGAAUCCGAGGGGGAGUGUUAUUUUGUAUCGGGACCUAAUUGAUCACCUCCGAGCUGAAGAUUUUAAUUGGAGACCAUACUUGAUGCUAUACCAUGAGCCAAACGAGAGUGACCGGGAAGUUUGGACUGCAGUGACACCUAUAAUAAGGUUCAACAUCGUGGAGAUGCACCAAUCUGACCGUGUGAGACUACAGUUUGGCAUGCAUCAACCAAUCCCGGAUCCCCCCACUGAUUUGGGUCGCUGGCAUAUUAAAAGAGUCAAUCAACAAUGGGACCACGCAGAUUAUCGUACAUUCGCACCUGAAUUUUGUGAGAUGUGGAAGCAGCGUCGCAGCCGUCUGCUACAAUUCCCUGUUGGCCAACUCCCCAUGUUUCCAACCGCGGACUACGUUGCUUGGUUUAGAACAGUCACAACCCCCGAUAUGAUGAUAGAGAUGGUCACCCCAAAUUGCCAAUUUGUUGUAUUUGUUGUGGUCACAUUGGCGUUUUGUUUUCAUGUAGUUGGUUUGGGAUGUUUUUGCUUGGUUUUGGCCGAUAUCAAAACUCUUUAA